AUGGGGCGUUCCGGUGGACACCGGAACGUACUCUCCGGGUUUCGGCUCCGGCCGGAUACCGAACGCAUUCGAGGGAGGCAAGCUCCGAUGUCCGAUCCGGUGAAAGGCUCCGUAACCGACGCAGGUUCGCCACAGGGCCAAGUGCACCGUAUGGUGCCCGUGCUGCCGCUCCGGGACAUCGUGGUGUUCCCGCACUCCUUCCUGCCGCUCUCCGUCGGCCGCAAGAGCACGGUCCAGAUGCUGCGGGACGCCACCCGCGAGGCUGCCGAAGCCGACCCGUCCGGAAGCGGCAAGGUGAUGCUCGCCGUCCUCACCCAAAAGGACGAUUCGGUGGACAAUCCGGGCGAGGACGACCUCUACCGCGUGGGUACCGCCGCCCGCCUCGAAAAGCAGGUGCGGAUGCGGGAAGGCACCGUGCGGAUCGUGAUCCGAGGCAGCUUCCGGUUCCGUGUCGAACGGAUCGUGCAGACCGAGCCCUACGUGCGCGCCGACAUCCGGGUUCUGGAUGGCACGGUGGGAGCCAACAAGACCGUGGAGUUCGAAGCUCUGACCCGGAAGAUCCGCGAGGAACUGCAGGAGAUGAUCAAGACGGAUCUCUUCCCUCGCGCCCGGGAGGUCAUGAAGACCCAACUCGCCCGCGUGGGAAGCGCCGGUCAGUUGGCUGAUUUCGUCGCCGAACAGCUUCCGAGCCUCAACACCGAGAUGCGGCAGGAGAUCCUUCAGACCCUGUCCAUCGAGGACCGGCUGGGGCUGGCGUACGCGGCGAUUCUGCGCGAGAAGCAGGUGCGCGAUCUCGGGCGCAGCAUCGAGUCCAAGGUCAAGAGCGAAGUCGGCCGCACCCAGCGGGAGUUCUUCCUCCGCGAGCAGAUGAAGGCGAUCCAGAAGGAACUCGGCGAAGGCGACGAUUCCACCAAGGAGAUGGACGAGCUCCGCGAGAAGAUCGAGAAAGCCGGGAUGCCCGAGGAGGCCGAGAAGGAAGCGCUACGGGAAUUCCGGCGCCUUGGGCGGAUUCCUCCCGCUUCCGCCGAGUACACCGUGGGGCGGACGUACCUCGACUGGCUGGUCCGGGUUCCGUGGGACAAGCGGACCGAGGACAAGUACGACAUUCCACGCGCCAAGGACAUCCUGGAAGCGGAUCACUACGACCUCGAGAAGGUCAAGGACCGAAUCCUCGAGUUUCUGGCGGUUCGGGAGCGAAAGCCGGACCAGAAGGGGCCCAUCCUCUGCUUUGCGGGACCGCCGGGCGUGGGCAAGACGAGCCUGGGCAGGUCGAUCGCGAAGGCGGUCGGGCGGGAGUUUGUGCGGCUCAGUCUCGGAGGCAUCCGCGAUGAGGCCGAGAUUCGCGGACAUCGACGCACCUACAUCGGGGCGCUGCCCGGGCAGAUCGUUCAAGGCCUCGUGCGGGCGGGCACCCGAAACCCCGUCUUCAUGCUGGACGAGGUAGACAAGCUGGGCAUGGACUUCCGGGGCGACCCCAGUUCGGCCCUGCUCGAGGUUCUGGAUCCCGAACAAAACGACACCUUCCGCGACCACUACCUGGAUCUGGCGUUCGAUCUGUCGGAUGUUCUCUUCAUCGCGACCGCGAACAUGAUGGAUCCGGUUCCGCCGGCGCUCAGGGACCGGAUGGAAAUCCUCGGCCUCCAGGGGUACACCGAGGAAGAGAAGAUCCAGAUCGCGGUCCGCCACAUCCUUCCGCGCCAGCUCGAAAACCACGGACUCGAGGAAGAAGAGGACCAGCCGGUCUUCGGCCGGGAAUCUCUUGCGCUCAUCAUCCGGGAUUACACGCGCGAGGCAGGUCUCCGGAACAUGGAGCGGUCGAUCGCGAAGAUCUGCCGCAAGGCGGUUCGGAAGCUCGCCGAGGGAGAAGCGGGGCCGCUCCAGGUCUCUCCGGAGGUCGUGAGCGAGCUGCUCGGUGCGCCCACCUCGCUCUCGCGAGAACUCGUGGAGCGGGUCAGCGUGCCGGGGGUGGCCGUUGGGCUCGCCUGGACGCCGGUGGGAGGAGAUAUCCUCUUCGCCGAAGCGUCCCGCAUGAAGGGAAACACGCGCCUGACCCUCACCGGCCAGCUCGGCGACGUGAUGAAGGAGUCGGCUACCGCCGCGCUUUCCUGGGUCAGGCAACACGGCGCAACCUACGGGAUCCAGACCGGGUUCUACCGGAAGUCGGACAUCCACUUCCAUGUGCCGGAAGGCUCCACCCCGAAAGACGGCCCCUCCGCGGGGAUCACGCUGGUCGCGGCGCUCAUCUCGGUCCUGACCGGAACGGUGUGCCGGCCCGAGCUCGCGAUGACCGGUGAAAUCACCCUCACCGGCCACGUCCUCCCGGUCGGAGGGAUCAAGGAAAAACUACUGGCCGCCCACCGCUACGGAAUCCGGGAAGUCAUUCUGCCCCGGUUGAACGAGGGGUCCUUUCUCGAGGAUGUGCCGGAUGAAAUCCGGGAUGCGCUUCAGAUCCACCUGGUUUCGAACCUGGAGGAGACCAUCCCGAUCAUCUUCCCGAACCUCGCCCCUGCCCCGACGAUCCCUGGCCCCUCGAUCGCCGCCGGGACGACACCCGACCAGAUGCUGAUGCAGUAA